AUGUUCGGUCUAGGCGGUCAACCUCAAUUAUCUUCUCAACAAAAGCUAUCAGCAGCUGAAGCUGAACUAGAUUUGGUUACUGACAUGUUCAACAAGUUGGUCGACAACUGUCACAAGAAAUGUAUUGAACAAAUUUAUAACGAUGGUCAACUAAACAAGAACGAAUCUACUUGUAUCGACAGAUGUGUUGCCAAGUACUUUGAAACUAACGUUAAGGUUGGUGAAAACAUGCAACAGCUAGGCCAAGCUUUCUCUCCAGGUAAAUUCUAA